UACCAUCUAGUACGUGGCGUCGUCGCUUCGGGGGCCGCCGGAGAAUAUUUCCCGCUCAGCGCGCGCUUUUCCGCUCGCAAAUUUUCCCAUCUCCCUCUGUGAUCGCUCGUGGUCCAGAGAUGGAGAUCAUUUCGUUCGAAUAACGAAUGACGGAUGGAAACAUGGUACAGUGGUUUCAGUGGCAUCAGUGGUAUCAGUGGCAUUCAAGGGGACACGGGGUAGUUUUUAUUCGUUCAAGGUUAUGUAAGGUUAUUACGUGUUUUCUUGCACCCUGUUCCUCAGGUUCACAUUUAGCAGUAGUAAUCGGUCGCGAUGUCGAAUUUUUCGCGCGAAACAAAACACUGACUGGCCAAGCCAAAAUUGCGGACGCUGUGGCACUGACGGGAAUAGCCUACGAUGACAUUACUCGCACUAUGUACUUCAGCGACACACGUGGCAAUGUAUCUGUGUUCAGUAAUGACUUGACGAACAAGAAUUUUACGUCAAAGCCAUUAAUUAAAAGACAGAACAGAAGCCACAUCCUAGGAAUCGCUUUCGAUACAAAGACGCGAAGCCUGGUCUGGGUGGACUAUAUGAAAGAAGUAAUAAUGAAAAUGCACGUACCGUUAGACAGUCCGCCGGAGGAGCCCGUCAUUUUACACAAUUUAACAGACAGGAGUCCGCGCGGCAUUGCUCUGGACCUAUGUAACAGUCACAUAUACUGGGUAAAUAGUAACAUAACGAAUCCAAGCAUAGAGCGCUCGAAUCUAGACGGAAGCGGGAGAGUUACCAUUAUUAAAGAAAAUUUGUACGAGCCGCUAGCGGUAGCUGUAGAUCACGCUGAAGAGAAACUCUAUUGGAUCGACGACGUAGAAGGUAUAAGGAUCAGAAUCGAGCGCAGCAAUCUCGAUGGCAGCGAACGCGAGCUGUUGGCUCCCGCUACGCACCAGUUACCAGUCGCCCUGGCCGUGGACAAUGACAUGAUAUACUGGACAGAUUCAGUGUACAGGUCCAUAUGGAUGAUGCCGAAAAACCUCAGCGUUGGCAGCGUAGCUGUAGAAUUCAAAUCGUAUUACACGCCCAAGCACGACGCUGACCCCGCUGGAAUUAUAGCUCGUGAUAACAUUGGAAGCAUAGAUUGCGCGGCGUACGCGAAAAUUAGACGAAAAACGAAUUACGCGAACUCGACGACCGCACGAAUGACAGCUGGGUCAUUUAACAAUUUAACCACUAGCACGGAAGAAUCGGAAUUGACCACCGAGAGCUCCACACACUGCCUAAAUAACGGACACGUAGACUUGAACGGCUACACCUGCCUCUGCAAGCCUGGGUUCGGCGGCACGCAUUGUGAGAUCGAUGUUUGUCACAAUUACUGCCUCCGAGGUAGCUGCAUUAUAGAUAACCAAGGAUCUCCCACAUGUGACUGUGACGAUACUUUUGCCGGGUCACGAUGCGAAACAGACUUAUGCAAAGAUUAUUGCUUGCACGAUGGUCAAUGCUCUAUCCUAAACGGUAAACCAAUUUGUAAAUGUAAAUACUUCGAAGGGUCACGUUGCGAAAUCUUGACCAAUGUAACUAAAGUCUGUGAGAUCUUUUGUGCGAAUACUGAGCUAGUCCCUACUAUAGACGUCGAUGCGAUAAACUGCAGGUGCGGAGAACUGAACAAAACGAAUGCACAAAUGAUCUUAAUGGAGGAAGACGACGAGUACAAAAUAUUGCUGCCAAUUUUUUGUGUACUUAUCGCUGUACUUUCUCUCGUAAUCAUCGUACUUAGUUACUAUAUAAAUAAAUUACGAAGACGGCCACGAAUUAGGAAGCGUUUUGUUGUCAGCAAAGGUGGCGUAACGCCAUUGACCUCUAGGCCACAAGUGCCGGACAAUCAGUGCGAAAUAACCAUAGAGAACUGCUGCAACAUGAAUAUCUGUGAAACUCCAUGUUUCGAACCAAAUUUACGUACUCCGAUGCCGGAAAAUAAGAAUAAUAAGAAAGAAGAGAAGAAUUCUUUGCUCGAUAACAUGGAGGAGAAUUCGUGGUAGCACAAACUAAUAUAUCGACGUGAGAACUAGCGAAGGUCUUGUGGGCUUUAAAUGAAAGUUCGUGAAAAGUUUCGCUUCGCAGAACUUUACGAGUCUGUACAUAACACGGCAUAUUGUAGUAUUAUUGUUAAAUUUAGUAGUCAUACUUCCAAAAAAAAAAAAAUAAUGCAAAAACAUCGUAACAAUGAUAAAGUCAAAAAACGAAAGCCAAAGGUCUUUUUGAAGACUCUUAUUACGUCAUAUGAUAUGUAGGGCUGUGUUCAUAUAACGAUUAUUUCAAAUAGCUAUUGGAAAGUAACGAAUCUUUUUGUUUUUGAAGGUAUAUAUAUAUAUACAUAUAUAUAAUUAUAUAUUUUUCAUAUAAAAAAAAACGGGAAAUGUUGAGUUCCUUGGCAUUUUUGUAAUGUCUCGAUAGAUACGUAUACAAAUAUACGAAGAAAAUAUACAGAAUAUUAGAAUAUAUUCUGUACAUUUUCUAAUUCCCUCAAUUGUUUCCGCGUACGCGUUUAUUUAUUUCUCGUAGCUGUUUUCAAAACAAAUGACACCAAAAAUUCAACCGAUUCCAAUUGAAGGGUACAUAAAAGCUGCCUUAAUCGCUAGACUUGUAAUAUUUGCUCAACGUACUAUGCAGUACAUUCCUAAAAAGAUAUUGUAGAUCACAAGAUUAUUAUAGCGAACAUUAUUACGUUUGUAAAAACAAAUUGGGCGUUUUCAUACAAGAAUCCUUGUCGAGCUUGACGAUUCACGGGUUAAAUAUUAAGUCAUUACAUUAUCAACAAAGACAAACGAAUCUUUCAUUAUUUUCCUUAAUUCAUUGAACAUGUUUGCAUUUGUUCUUGUAUAUUUUCAUACAUCCAAGAAAAAGGUCUACGUGGAACAAAGUUUUAUGUAUCAUUCGUAGACAGAACGCUAGUAGGUUUAGAGACAUUCAUUUCAAAUGCCAGAUUAUUUGUUUAAGAACUCUGUGUACUUUAGAAUCACAUAAAUGUCAUUUGGACAGACUUGAAAGAUCAGCUUUCAUUUAACUUAUGUACGUGAUAUUGUUUAGUAAAUAACUGCAGCUAUUUGUAUAAAUCUUGUACAGCGUUAUUUUAUAUAUUUGUGCAGGAGCGUGUGCGCGCGCACGAUAAAAAUGAAUUCGCGAAAGAUCACGAUACAUUUCUAUAAAUUGUAAACCUUUGAGAAUCAGAAAUUUAAAAUUUCAGAUGAUAAUAAAAGUCAUUGGUGUAAACCAUGAACGUUUAUACUUAUAGAGAGUACGAUAAACAGGAAAAAAUUUGUUGCAUGCUGGAGGAUCCUUCGUAACCUCUUAAUUUUCGAGAUAGAGUACAAAUACAUUUAAGUGAAAAUAACUUGUAUAGAAAAUAAUAGAAGGACCGAGGAAACUUCAUUUUCAAAUAGCCAAAUUACAUUUUUUUUUUCGCUUCAUUGCUUCCAAUACUUACGUGUCAAACAGUACUUUCUACUGCUCUCUUUAUGCUUAAACUAGAUAAUUCUUUACUGUUAAAAAGUGGCUGCUUAACAAUGUACAUCCAUUUAAGACGUAAACCUAAAUUUCUACCAAAGUCACAUGUAACAUUAUUAACAUUAGCUGUAGUAUAAUUAUUAUUUUCGAAAACUUAUCGUUUCAAAAUAGUCGUACAGAUUAAAUUUGUACGACAUCAUACAUAUAACAAUAAUAAUAAUACGCCUUUAUUGCACCAAAUAGGUAAACUGAAUAGGUUGAGAAAACAAUUGUAGCUCAGUAGCAAUGAUGGUGGUGCAAUGGCAUGAUGCAGCUGUUUGCUCUUAUAAAUUUAAACUUGAAUAUAAGAUACCAUGUUUCUUUCAUAGUACAAAACGAUUCAUUAUUUCGCUAAAAAAAACACGAGCUAAUGAUUGAUGUAAUUGUUCAUUGCCUUUUAUUUUCAAUAUGUACUUUUAGUCCUUAUACUACGGAAUAACGUUCCUGUCGUCUUAAAGGCAAAGCAAAUUAAGUACAUGACGAUUUAUUUUGUUUCUGUAUAUGAUGAAAAUUAUUUAAAAUUAAUCGAUCUUUGCUUUUAGACUUUAGUUGCGCAGUUUUAUAUAUAAGACGUUUCUAUAAUUUGUUGAAUUCCGAAAUAUGUUCGAAUAGAAUGAUACAAGUGAUGUGUGUAUAUUAUAUUUGGAAUAUAAGCAUUUCGCGAACACUGAUCCCCAGAGAUGGGAUAGUGUCUUUAUAGUAAAAGGUUUAUAUUCCCUGUUAGCAAGAUGUUGAUAGUUAGUUCGCGAAUAGCAAAAUAUCAAUUUUCGAUCGCGUUUCUUGUUUGUACUUAAUUUAAUUACAAUUGACGAUUGCACGAUACUUAAAUUAUUUUAUCGUUUUCAAAAGUAAAAUGUACUUUACCAAUGCGCCAAAAGUACUGAACGUUUUAAAUAUUUUGUAUCAUUCUAUUGUAAUUAACAUGUUGAUUACUAUUGUAUACAGACGAAAAUGAAAUAAAAUUAAUUAAGCACUAAA